GAGUGGUGGCGAGCAGGACGCGCGCUUGCCUGCCGGCCGGCCCGGACCAGGAGGACGAGCAGGAGCGCAGAGGGAGAGCGCAGAGCGCAGGCAGGCAGCCCGCGGAGGAGGAGGAGGCGGCGGCGGCACAGGAGGAGGAGGAGGAGGACGAGGCGCCCCCCGCCCCCCGCCCGCAGCCAGGGUGGGAGACCCUCCGCCGCCGCCGCGGGGCUGAGCGAGUCCAGGGGGGAGAAGCGCGCCCCCACCCCGGGGGCAGCCCCUCUUCCCUCCCUCCCUCCCCGCGCGCGCUCUCUCUGGCGGCGUUUUCCAUUUGGGCACCGAAAGCGCGAACAAGAAAAAAGACACAAGAGCUGCAGAGAGGAAAGAGGAGAGGACACAAGACACCUUUUGAAAAACUUGGAUCAAGUUGCAUAUGAAUGUCUUGGAUUUGCCCCCCUCCCUCUGGGUCAUUUUCCUUUUUCUGUUCGGUGGGGGGAAGCGGAAAGAAAUUGACCCUCAUUUCGAAAGUCUGUCUCCAGGCAACUGGUUGCAAUUUGGAGCAGAAGCGGGUUGCAAAGAGUGUUUUAGACAAACCAGGAAUUAUUUUAAAUGCCGAGUUUUCUUCUUCAAGAAAUGAUCCACUAGAAAUGACAGAGCCCAGGAAGAGAAAACGCAGCCCAAACUUUGCUUGUGGACACUACAGUUUCUCUCUGCAGGAGUGGGAUGCUACUGGAGCAAUUGUUUCAUGAUGCCCAGGGGUUUCUGUAUCGCCUGUCCAGUGGCGUUUUCCUUUUCCUGAAGCAUUCCUGAGCCUAAGCACUCCUUGUCUGAAGGUCCUCCAGGAUGGAAUGCCCAUCUCCUCUCUGGUGGGUCUGAAGAGUUGGAGAAAGAUGCAGAAAUCUCCAAGCGAGGGAGUAGAGGCUGGCAGAUGGGGUGUUUCUUAAGACAAAAAUCCAUACCCAUCUUUCCCUAGAUAAUAGAUUUUUUUUUAAAAAAAAUUCUCCUGGAGCUUCCACUUGCCACGACAGAGCCUGAUCACCCAAAAAACUCUUCUCAACACUGAUUUUGCAGCAGAUUUUUGCAGAAAAGACCGUCGCUUUCCCAUGAGUUAGGAAAAGGUACUGAGGACUGCCAGGCUAUGGGGGAAUGACCACCGUGGAAUGAAUUAGGGGUGUGUGAAAGUUGCCGUCCAGAGAGAAGGAGAACAGAAGUGGGCUGUUAAGUGGGGGAACCCCCCAAAGACCUCCCCAAAAUGGACCGGUGGUGUUUUUGCUAAAAUCGGCUGUAAAAACCAAACCCAACCCGGGUAGAAGAAGAAGGAGAAGUCAAGAAAGAAAGCGCCAGGGCCAGAGCUGGGUACCAUGCCUCAUCUUGAAGUCGCCGCUUUGCUUGUCACCCUAGUGGGGGUUUGUGUCUGGACGGACGACAGCAACAAGAUUAUUUCGGAUCGCUAUGCGGUGUAUUGGAACAAGAGCAACCCAAGGUUCCAUCAGGGUGACUAUACCGUGGAGGUGAGCAUCAAUGACUACCUGGAUAUCUAUUGCCCACACUAUGAGAUCCCCUUCCCCAGGGACAGCAUGGAACGCUACAUCCUCUACAUGGUCAACUAUGAAGGUCACGAUUCCUGUGACCACCGGCAAAAUGGCUUCAAGCGCUGGGAGUGCAACCGGCCCGACUCGCCCAACGGGCCGCUGAAGUUCUCCGAGAAGUUCCAGCUCUUCACCCCUUUCUCGCUGGGGUUCGAGUUCAGGCCGGGACAUGAAUAUUACUAUAUAUCGGCAACGCCACCUAACCUGGUUGACAAACCCUGCUUAAAGCUGAAGGUGUACGUCCGGCCAACCAACGACUCCCUCUAUGAAUCGCCAGAGCCCAUCUUCACCAGCAAUAAUUCCUGCCGGAGUUUCAGGGUGCCGGACGCCUUCUUCGUGGUGGUCCCCGUUUUCUGGACUAUUCUCACCUCCUAGCCCCAGCGUGAGGACCCAAGAGAAACUGGGGCUUCCUUUCGGCCGCCGCUGGGAACAUGAGGGUGGGGUUGAGGGGGAGGAACGAUCCAGACGCAGAGAUGGUUCCAGGCUGAAA